AUGGCCAAAGGAAUCAAGCAAACUAUGAGUAGCUCACCUUGUUCUUCCUCAGUCCAAUAUGGGGCUUCCACAUCUCCGUCAAUUUCCUCAAGUUCUAUGGGCUGUACUCCUAGUAAAGAUUCAUCUCAUCAUUUUGCUUCUUCUAAAUCUGUUCAUCAACCAGCUACUUCAACAUCAUCUACUUCUGGGGGUCUUUAUAAUUCAAAUGUUUCAGCGCACUCUAGUGGCUCUUCUGCAUCAUCAUCUUCUUCUGUAGGAUCAUCUGGGUCGCACGGCGCUACAAGCGAUUCUUCAACCGCUUCCUUAGGUGGCGGGGAUAAUUAUCAUUCAUCCCGUCUUCACCAAAAUGAGCCAUCCGAAUUUGCUGGCGAUCGGCAUCAUGCACAUCGCGAUCGCAGUAACUCACUCACUGGACAUCCAAUCUCUUCCAAUCCAAUUUCAAAUAGCUCAGACCGAAGAAUACAUAGUAAAAGGAACAGUACUGGCGAAACAGCCUUAAUAAAAAUGGCCAAAAAAGGUGAUCUUGUUGCCAUAAAGCGUCUAGUUAAAGAAGGAUCAAAUGUAAAUGAACAAGACUAUGCAGGCUGGACUGCUUUACAUGAGUGUAGCAUACGUGAUUAUCCACGAAUCGUUGGAUACCUUCUUCGUCAUGGUGCAAAUCCUCUUUUAGCAGGCCUUCGUGGAGAUACCGCCCUGCAUGAUGCCGUCCGGGCUGGCCACAUUCAGGUAGUGCGAACUCUUCUUAGGCACGGGGCCGAUCCUAUGGUCACAAAUGAUCUUGGAAAAAGGCCUAUAGACUUAUGUCAGAGUGAACAAAUGGCCCAGGUUAUUCAGCAGGUAACUGAUUUGGCAUUGCAUUUAUGA